CUGCUGUAAAUUCUACAUUUGUCAGAAGAAGAAGAAACAAAGAUGGCGGCUGGAGUGGAACGUCUGUAAACAAACAUCAUCAACGUUGUGACGCGUUUUCUUCGUGUUUUCGUUUGAAAAGAUUAAAAAGAUAAAAACUUUAUUUUGCGUCAGUAGAGGAGACGUCGUCAUGGAAACAGAGGAACAGGCCAGGAAUCGUUUCCAGUCAGAGUUGGAGUUUAUUCAGUGUUUGGCGAAUCCAAACUACCUGAACUUUUUGGCUCAGAGAGGUUUCCUGAGAGAGAGACCGUUCAUCAACUACCUGAAGUACCUGCUGUACUGGAAGGAGCCUGAGUACGCCAAGUUCCUCAAGUAUCCUCACUGCCUGCACAUGUUGGAGCUGCUGCAGUACGAACACUUCAGGAAGGAGCUGGUCAACGCUCAGUGCGCCAAGUUCAUUGACGAGCAGCAGCUGCUGCACUGGCAGCACUACUCCAGGAAACGCACCCGGCUGCAGCAGGCGCUCGCCGAGCAGCAGCAGCAGCAGGCGCAGCAGCCGCCACACGGGAACGCCACCGCCAAGUGAAGGAGGAGGAGUUUGAAGCUCAGCUGGUCCUGGAUGUUUGAAAACAUCUGACUUCAACACAUUGGACUUUUCUUUAUGUUUUUUUAUUUACUGAGCUGAGAUGUUUUACAGUGUAAACAUGAAGUGGACUCUGAGCAGCUGACACGCACACACACACACAGGACACACACACACACACA